CUGCCCCCGGAAGCAUUUGCCUGCCGGGUUUGUGGAGAGGAAGUACGUGUGCUUAGCAGUACAACCAGAAUAAGCUCCAUAAGUAGCAUUCUUGGACACCUCUUUAUCCUGUAAGUUAUCCUCUGCAGAGGAUUAGAUAUGUAAGAGAAGCAUUAAGGCUUUAAUAGCAAACUGCUUGCUUUGCUUAAUGGUGCAUCUCUUGUAUCUCCAUGAUGUGGACAGUCUUCAGCCUGGUUCUUGUCAGCUUCCUUUUUGUACUCAAAAGUGAAGCACUGCAGUGUUACACCUGCGUAGGUUCUAGUGAUGAAGACUGUAACAGACAAGGAACUCAGCAAUGUCCAGGGCAUUCAGAUGCGUGCGCGAUCAUUAGAGGACAAGCAAGUGGCAUUAUGAAGUCCUGUUCGUUCAGGUCCUUCUGCGAGCGGGCAAAGAGGGAUGGAUCCAAAGCACCUGGAGUGAGCGUUCAGUGCUGCUAUUCAAACAACUGCAAUGCAAAGAGCCUGGCUUCAAGGGUCACCACCUCCACGAGCUACUUCUCUCUCCUUGUCUUUACACUGUUGUGGCACCCACUGUUGAAGCUGACAUGAGGGAGGAAUAAGUAUCCUGAAGCAACAAGUCUGCCUUCUUAGAAAGGGAGGAUUAUAUUUCCUAAUCACUUUACUCCAUGUACUCCAUGUUACUCCAUGUCCAUUUCUUCGUAGGCAAAAAGCAGUAGGCAGACCUGACAGAUGUCCAGAUCAAAGUUGCCCCAUCUGCUAAAUAUGUCUCAACCUAUAUGUAAGAAACUCUGCCCUCUUCUUGUUUAAAGCAAGGAGUUGAUUGUAUGAAUAUCUCACAUUUUCCUACUCUUUAGGGAAGGAGAAAUCUUAGCUGCAAGUAGCCUUGUAGUAGGGCAAAGGACCAAUAUCUUCCAAAUGCUGUUUACUCUCGGCAGACAUUCAAAACGAGCUAAAAUUUUCAAGCACAAGGUGUAUCACUAGCUAGUAGGCAGGUGGUCCUCUGAAGCAGUGAUGUUGAAAAGUCAAAACAAGAAGUGACAUACCACACAAUGUGAUAGCACUAAAGAGAGUCUUGGGUCUGUGAUGCUGGAGAGCAGGGUGGUACCUCCUUUCAUUCAGAACUCGGGGACACAGACAAGCAGGUGAGUAUAUUUGUAGAUUUUAAUGUGCAUCUGUGCUGAUCUGAUCUAAUCUCUGGCACAGAAUAUGCAUAGCACUGGCUUAAAGUCCAGCUGGUGUAAUUGAAGUAGAGGUGGUCUUUUGGGUUCUAGUUUUAGGUGUCCAUUUGGAAAAAGAUUUGGUUGUCCAGUUUAAGGAAAUCACAAGAUCCGUGGCAAAGUAGUUUUUCUACUAGUUUUUGUGUUGUGACUUUUUUUGGGUACAAUUCUUUGAAAAGUCAGUGUGUCAUAGAAUCCUACACAUUCAGAGAGAUGUUAUGAAGGCUGCAAACUCUAAAGAGCUUCUUCAAGUGAAACCAGUGAAACCUCCACAGAGACCAUAACCCCAGCCUGCCUUAGCUGUUGCCUGGCGCAUGGACUAAACUGUCUCCUUGCUUCAUUGUACUUGUUCCUCUACACGGAUCCUUCCAUCAUCCCACGUAGACUGUGGCUUGAGAUUGGGACCAUUAUUCUUCUGGGGCUUUGUUCAAAUGGGCUCUCAGACAAGGCAGUUCUGGGCUAUGCUUAGUUGUUAGGCACAAGUCUGAUAAAGCUGUUGAAUAUAAAGAUUGCAACAAUGCAGCAGAUCUUGUCUGAGAAUGUUAAUUUAGACUUAAAUAUCUGUAUAAAAUCCACUUAAGCUGGUUUGAAUGUUCUUCAUUUCGUCUCAGCUUGAACUGGUUCCUUCAAUCUGUUCUGCUGCAGGAUUAUGUCUGUCUUUUCUUACUGUUCUGUAAUGAUAAACCCAUAUUGAAUGUCAUCUCUGUAUAUGCUCAGUGCACUUCCUUAACGAGAAAAUAAAAUACAUGCGGUGGCUGACAA